AUGUCGGAAACCUUCGAAUUCCAGGCUGAGAUCUCUCAGUUGCUCGGCCUUAUCAUCAACACCGUCUAUUCUAACAAAGAGAUCUUCCUAAGAGAACUCAUCUCCAACGCCUCCGAUGCCCUUGACAAGAUUAGAUAUACCGCUUUGUCGGAUCCCUCCGUCCUUGAUUCGGAGAAGGACCUCAAGAUCUCUAUCAUCCCAGACAAGGAGGCCAAGACAUUAACCCUCAUCGAUACUGGUAUCGGUAUGACCAAGGCUGAUCUCAUCAACAACCUUGGUACAAUCGCCAGAUCCGGUACCAAGCAGUUCAUGGAAGCUCUCUCCGCUGGAGCUGAUGUUUCCAUGAUUGGUCAAUUCGGUGUUGGUUUCUACUCUGCUUACCUCGUUGCCGACAAGGUUGUUGUUCACUCGAAACACAAUGAUGAUGAGCAAUACGUCUGGGAAUCCAGCGCUGGUGGUUCCUUCACCGUCACCCACGAUGAGGGCCCUAAGCUCGGUCGUGGUACCAAGCUCGUUCUCCACAUGAAGGAGGACCAGCUUGACUACCUCAACGAGGCCCGUAUCAAGGAGGUCGUCAAGAAGCACAGCGAGUUCAUCUCCUACCCCAUCUACCUCCACGUCAGCAAGGAGGUUGAGACCGAAGUCCCAGAUGAGGAAGCCGAGACCGUUGAGGAGGGUGACGAGAAGAAGCCCAAGAUCGAGGAGGUCGAUGAUGACGAGGAAGAAAAGAAGGCCAAGACUAAGAAGGUCAAGGAGACUAAGGUCGAGGAAGAAGAGCUCAACAAGACCAAGCCAAUCUGGACCAGAAACCCUACCGAUAUUAGCACUGAAGAAUAUGCUUCAUUCUACAAGAGCUUGUCCAACGACUGGGAGGAUCACCUUGCCGUCAAGCACUUCUCCGUCGAGGGUCAGCUCGAAUUCCGUGCCAUCCUCUUCGUUCCAAAGCGUGCUCCUUUCGAUCUCUUCGAGACCAAGCGCUCUAAGAACAACAUCAAGUUGUACGUUCGACGUGUCUUCAUCACUGAUGACUGCACCGACAUCAUCCCAGAAUGGCUUGGAUUCGUCAAGGGUGUCGUCGACUCUGAGGAUCUCCCACUCAACUUGUCCCGUGAGACUCUCCAGCAAAACAAGAUCAUGAAGGUCAUCAAGAAGAACAUCAUCAAGAAGACUCUUGAGAUGUUCAAUGAGAUUGCCGAGGACCGCGAGCAAUUCGACAAGUUCUACACCGCCUUCAGCAAGAACAUCAAGUUGGGUAUCCACGAGGACUCCCAGAACAGAAACCUCCUCGCCAAGCUCCUCCGAUUCAACUCCACCAAGUCCGGCGAUGAGCUCACCUCCCUCACUGACUACAUCACCCGCAUGCCCGAGCACCAGAAGAACAUGUACUACAUCACCGGCGAGUCCCUCAAGGCCGUCCAGAAGUCUCCAUUCUUGGAUGCUCUCAAGGCCAAGGGCUUCGAAGUCCUCAUGCUCGUUGACCCCAUUGAUGAGUAUGCCAUGACCCAGCUCAAGGAAUUCGACGGCAAGAAGUUGGUCGACAUCACCAAGGACUUCGAGCUUGAGGAGACCGAAGAAGAGAAGAAGCAGCGUGAGGAGGAAGUUAAGGAGUACGAAUCUCUUGCCAAGUCCCUCAAGGAGGUCUUGGGUGAGAAGGUUGAGAAGGUUGUUGUCAGCCACAAGCUCGUUGACUCCCCAUGUGCUAUCCGUACCGGCCAAUUCGGUUGGUCUGCCAAUAUGGAGCGUAUCAUGAAGUCUCAAGCUCUCCGUGAUACUUCCAUGAGCUCUUACAUGGCCUCCAAGAAGACCUUCGAGAUCUCCCCCAAGUCUCCAAUCAUCAAGGCUCUCAAGGCCAAGGUUGAGGAUGAGGGUGCCUCCCGCUCUGUCUCUGAUCUUACAACCUUGUUGUACGAAACCGCUCUCUUGACCUCCGGAUUCUCGCUUGAGGAGCCAUCCAGCUUCGCUCAGCGCAUCAACAGACUCGUUUCUUUGGGUCUCCAGAUCGACGAGGCUGAGCCAAUCGCUGAGGACGAGAAGGAAGCCGAGAAGGCUGCCACCGAGACUGUUGAGUCUAGCAUGGAGGAGGUCGACUAA